AAAGCGGCGAGAACAGGAAAGGGAAGAUGAAUUAAAGCGGCAAGAAAGGGAAUAUGAAUUGGAGAGGUUGAAGAUAGAAGCUUCAUUGGUACAUACUGGUACUAUAGGAGAGACGAGCAGCUCUCGAAAUGAAGAAACAAGAGAACAUGUACCUGGUGGAUUGCAAAAAUUAAUGCGUACUUUUGAUCCGAAAGAAGGUGAUAUAAGUUUUUAUCUAAUAUUGUUUGAAAGACAAGCACGAAGAGUCCAUAUAAAAGAAGAAGAUUGGGUAACGCAUCUUGUUGGAUUAUUGCCUCUAGAAAUGGCGAAUUUAAUUGCAAGGGAGCCUGAAGAAAAAGCAAAUGAUUAUAAACAUGUAAAAUGUAUGUUAUUGAAAAGGUUUAAAUUGAGCCCAGAAGCAUUUAAAAUAAAGUUUAAGAGACAUUGUAAAGCGGCUGAGAGCACUUGGCGAGAUUUUGGAUUUGAAUUGGCGAACUAUUUUAACGAAUGGGUUUCGGGACUAAAAAUUAAUGAUUUCGACAGCCUGAAACAACUUGUCAUUGUCGAACAGAUAAAAGAACGAGUACCUGGAGACAUACAAAAUCAUUUUAUUGAUGAGUGGAGUAGAAUUUGCUCAGUUGACACACUUGCUGAGAAGUUAGAUGAGUACGAGAAUGCAAGGAAAUAUAACCAAACUACUAAAUUCAUUGCUUCUCAACCAUAUAGGAACUUAUACCGGGAAAAACCAAACAUGGUUAGUAGAAGAUAUCAUACAUUUGGUGAAGGAUAUAAACAUGAGCAUAACAACCAUGGCAGAAUUGAUAAGCGGAGUUCUUCCCAAAAUCCAGUCACAUGUUUUAAUUGUGGACGAGUAGGACACUUGGCACGAUUUUGUCGAGAUAAUAAAGAGAGGAGAAGAAACAUUGAAGGCAAAGUGGCCGAGGUUCAAGUAUCGGAAGGGCAAGUAUCCGAAGUUAAGGUACUCAGAAAUGGAAAUAUCGAAAGCAAAGUAGUCACUGCAAGAUUUAACGGUGAAGUCAUGGUAGGAAACAAAAAAUGUAAAGGCGUUCAACCAAAAAUAGCUGCCCUUAAGAAAGUUAGAAUUUCAUAUAAUGAAUACGAAGCUGUAGUAGAUUCUGGUGCACAAAUAAGUGUAUUUAAAAACGAUAUAGUGGGUAAGGAAGUGGAUUACAAAGGACAUAUAAUACUACAACCUGCGUUUGGCGAAAGUCUAAAAGCUGAAUUAAAAGAAGUGGAAAUCGCUUUGGUAACGGAAGGAUAUAUUACGCCUAUAAUUAAAACGAUGAUAGCAGUCGUCAAUGGGUUAAAUGCUGACAUUUUGUUGGAUGCUGAAACUUAUGAGGCAUUAUUAGAACAAAAAAGAGUAUACAAUCCCAGUUUUACUGCUGCUAUGAAGCUAAGAUCAGAUUCCCGAAAGGAGCAGUUAUAUAUGAGUGCAAGUGACGGAGAAGAGCAGCAGGAGCCAACAGUAGGUGAAUGCGGUGAUAAAAAGAAUGGAAAUGAAACCGAACGAUUCAAGAUACAACAACAAAGUUGCGAUACUCUCCAAGAAGCAUGGAAAUUGGGGAAGCAAAAUAAAGGAGGGUAUGUGAUACAAAAUAAUAUACUAUGCCAUGAAGAGCUGUUGGACGGGAAUAGAAUACAACAAUUAGUAAUUCCCGAAAUUAGAAAAGGUAAAAUACUAGAAAUUGCCCNCUUAAACAAAUUACACAACUGA